UGGUAGGUGUGGCUCCUGAAGGUCUUUCCAGUAUUCAAGUGUAACUAAGCAGAAACUAAUUUAGUUUACUUGCUCUGUGGACCGACCGUUACACCUGGUUUUUGCUAAGGACACAUUCAAUACAAGAACUAAAAGUGGGAAACUGGGGCCUUUGCAGAAAACAAUGCAGUUUUUAAGAUUUCUUGCCAUCCUUAUUUUCUCUGCUAAACAUUUUAUCAAGCAUUGCAAAGGUGAAACUUGCAUGGGACUGAACUGUAAUGACCCAAGGUUAUUGGAGGCAAUUAAGAGCAACACAAUCAAUCAGCUCUUGCAUGAUACAAUUAAUGCCACCCAUGGAAAGAGUCCAGCAAAAUCCACUAAAACCUUGCCCUUCUUGGGUAUCACAGACAGUAAGAAAUUGAAUAGAAAAUGCUGUCAGAAUGGAGGCACUUGUUUCUUGGGGACCUUUUGCAUCUGCCCUAAGCAAUUUACUGGUCGGCACUGUGAACAUGAAAGGAGGCCAGCCUGCUCCGGUGUUCCCCAUGGAGACUGGAUCCGUCAGGGCUGCUUGCUGUGUAGAUGUGUGUCUGGUGUCCUACACUGCUUCAAGCCCGAGUCUGAGGACUGUGAUGUUGUGCAUGAAAAAAACAUGAGAUCGGGGGUCCCGAGAAUGCAGCUCAGCUUAAUCAUCUAUUGCUUCCUUACUGCAAACUUGUUUUACCACAUAGUUUGGCAUCUGAAUAUUGGACUUUAACAGAGUAACUUGAGUCUGCCAGUCAGGUUCAGAUUGCAGACGUCUGUGUCUACACUGCACUUUCAAUUUGUGAACCCAUUUUGCCAGGAUUAUGCUUGAAGUAUAUGGCUAUCUUCCACCCCUGGAAUCCUGAAAAUAUGCAGAAACUAUACAAUGCCUUAUUUCUAUUGGUUGUUUCAUAAAAUAACUUUUUUUAUAGGAUGAUGUGUAUAGUGGCCAGAAUGGGUUUACAGUACUUCCAAGCACUGGCGUUGGUUCAAAAUAGCUACUGGGUUCUUGCUCUUUGCUGCAUGUUGAGAUCAGGAAGCUAGUCUUAUACUUACCCAGUGCAUUCUGUAUAUAUGUAAAUUUUAUUAACUUAUUAGACACGUUGUACAUUAACAGCAUCCUUCACAAACUUUUAUUUUUUUUUAAUUUUUUUAUUAAUUGACAAAGAGAACAAAGUAUCUAGGAACAUUUUACAAAUAUUGUCCUACUACAUUGCAUGUUGUGGUUCUUGUUUGUAUGUUUGUCCUGAUCUUCUACAAUGUAUCCCUAGCCAUAAAACGAUUUUGUGAGUGUGUGUGUGACUGCAUCCCAUUUUAUUCAUUAUGCAAACACUUUGCAAAUGAUUGUGCAGCAAUGUAAGUGCUAGCCUGUGGUCAACAGUGCUGAAUGUAAAUCUUUGGAGCGGUGAUAUCAGCAUGCUUAUGGAGGCUCAAUAACCUUGGUCUUGCCCCUUUAAAUUCUAUUUUUCUACGGGCAAGUAAAUCUAAACUGGUAAAGUACCUUCUUUUAAGGAAAUGAAUCACUGAAUGUUAUAAUUCCAGUUUCAGGCCACAGACAAUUAAUGACAGCUCAGGGAAUAAUACAAUUGCCCAUGUUUGAUGCACCUAAUGUACUGUAUGUAUUACAGGGUGUCUGCUUGAUGUUUGCAAUGAAGACAUUAAAUACUGUACCUAAAAGAAA